AUGAACGAUUCACUAGAAUCAGUGGUUCAUGAAGCGGGCACCGCGUAUUCCGAAGGACGCUAUCAGGUAGCGAGGGAGCUCUACGAGUCUGCGCUUCUGGAGUAUCCGAACAACGGAAUUCUACACGCCAAUUUGUCGGCGAUCCUUCUGAAAAUCAAUCUGCCUGAAGUUUCGCUCAAACAUUCCGAAAAAGCGGUACAGUUAUGUCCACAAUGGGCAAAAGUAAGGAUUUCCGCGGGGAAAACGGGAAUCGCUAAAUUUUUAAGGCUCAUUACCGUCGCGGCGAGUCAUUGCGAGCCAACUUCCGAAGUUCCGAUGCUCUUUUGGCGUUUUGCAAUGGGAUCCGGCUGGAUUGUUCCAACUUUCUGAUUCUGAAGAGUCUAACCGACUCGAUUUCUGAACUUUACGGUAGAAUUCUAAAUUUUCUCAAAAAGAAGUGGUUUUUAGGGGAAUUUCCCUGGGGAAACUUGAAAUUACUCCAAUUGGACCAGGACGUGCCGACUAUCCUCUCAACCCUGGGUCAAACCCUUUUGGCCGAACGGAAAUUCGAAGGUUUUCCUAAAAUUUAAGAGUUUGCAAAAAUUUGGAAAUUCAGACGCGAUUCAAGUGCUCAAAUGGUCUCUGGAGUUGGAUUUUAAAUCGAUAAAGCUGCAAGAGUCUGUUUUUGGCUCCGUGGCGUCGGCUCUUUGUGAAAUCGAACAAUACGAAGAGGCGAUGGAGUUUGUGCAAAAACGACUCGAAACUGCGAUUAAAAUCGGUAAAGCUAUCGCGCUCUACCGCACUUUUUUUGCAAAAAUUCUCGGCCACAAGUGAAAAAUGUGAAUUUCCGCGGAUUUUUAGCCGGAAAUCGUUGAGCUUGAUGGAUAGAAACACAAAAAAAGUUUUUCCGCGAAAAACACAUAUGGCUCAGAAUUUUCACAAAAAUGAAAGAGCGCUUGAGCGAUAGAGCGCACUAUACCAAAGUUUUCUCGUUCAGACACUAAUUCCGUCUCGAAAAUUCGUGAAAACCUCGCUGAAAUUGCGGAAAUUUGCGAGAAUUUCCAUGUGGCCAUUGCACAAAGAAGUAUGCUCGCUGGGGUGAGGCUAUCGCGCUCUGUCGCAUCUCAGAGCUCAAAUUUCAAAUUGACACAAUAUUUUCAUUUACAGAGCCGUGAGGAAACGCUGAAAUUGUGCGAAUUGCACGUGAAAGCCGGAAAUUUCGAGAAAGCGAUCGAUUCGUUGGAACAAUUGUCGCAAAAAAGCGAAAAGGACGAGAGUUUCAAUUAUACCGUGGAAUUAUUGCUCGGAAAAGCGUUUGCGGCGAAAGGCGACCGAAAAAAAGCGCUAAAAAUUCUGAUACCCCUGUCGCGAAAUUCGAAUAACCACAAUUUCGAGUUGAUCGACACAAUCAAUCGGUGCAUGCUCGAGUUGGAGGAUCUGAACUCGUCGAUCGAGUUUUUGAACAAAAUUAUUGCGGACAACGAGGGCAAUGUGGAUUUGGUGAGUUCGAACACGCUCUACUGCACAAUAUGAAGAUGCUUUUCGCUAAAAAUUCGAAAAAAAUGUUUGAUAAUGAGAAAAUAACCGAGAGAUACUAGCCGUCUACACUUUCACUGUUUUUUCAAUGAUUUUUUAAAAGAAGUAGCGAAAAAGCGUGGAAUUUUCGAAAGCAGCCGCGCCGUUACCAAUAGAGCGUAAAUGCAUCAUUGUCAUACUUCAGACGCUCCACUGCUACUGUCUACUCUGCCAAACACAAAUCACCGCGUCCAAUCUACAAACCGCACUGAAAAUUGCGAAAUACGUGCUCCGAUAUUGCCGGUUCACUGUCGAAUCGUCCGUGGAAACGGAAGCGCAUCAGGCGAACGCCUUCCGGCUUUUGGCGAUAAUUUACGAACAUCAAAAAGACGUCGGAUCCGCGGUGAUAUUGUGGAAAAAAUAUUUGGAAACGGGCGUCUUGACCCGAAACGAACGCGUCAAAGGACUGCUGCAAUUGGGACGGCUGGCACAGGACGAGACGGUCAGCGAGCAGCCGGGACCGUAUUUCGAUAAGGCGCUUCAAAUUGCAGAGAGGUAUUUAUUUAAAAAAAAAACUAUACUUGCAAAAGGCCCGGCACGAAACACAAAAAGAAACCCGCAUUUUUGUGUUGAUUAACGGACGGAGGAAACGCAGAAAUGUUCCGUCUUCAAAAUUCGCGUGAAAAUGAACAAAGUUUACGGAAAAAGCAACAAAUUUUAGCUACUUUUGACCUAGCUUCCCGCGAAUCCCGAAACUCUUGAUGUUCGGUUGGUUUUUUUCGUUAUUUGUGGCGAGUUUCAGUGCUAAAAUAGAAAAAUAACAAUCUUUAUUCAAAAUGAACAUUCAGAAUAGCUCGUCGGACGGAAAAAGUGCAAUGCCUGUCUGCCAAAUAUCGCUGGCUCAUCACUUUCAACUAUUCGCAGGCGAAGGAAGUGCUCGAGCAGUUGAAAAGUUAUUUGAACUUGAAUUUAGGUAAGGAUUUUGAACAUAGUCCGGAGAUGCGUGUGUCAUGGGGCAAAGCGCGUCUUUCUAGUCUUGCUUCUCUAAAAUCUCCACGGGCAGCUGAGAUAAUCAUUUUUUCUUUUGCAGACUCCAAAACGCGUUCGCUAAUCUUCGAAGACAUGGCGCUAAUGGACAAAAACUCGGACUUCAACUCCAAACUCAUAUCGUUGGAGCAGAGUUUAACAGAGGCGCAAGACGCGAACGACACGCACCGCGAGGCCGAGAUUCUCGAGCGAAUCGGCGAUUCGCUGAAGGAUCAGAACAAGUUUUGGCUCGCCGAAAAGUACUAUUAUCAGCAGUUGGAAGUGGGCCGACAGCUGAAAAACGCGAAAAUGAUGGCCGACGCGCAUUCGAACGUCGCGCGGCUCAAGGCGUUGUCCGGACAGACCGACGGGGUUUGUGAGCACGCGCGGAGUGCGUUGACCAUUUUCAAAUUGGCCAACGACAACGAACAGAAGGUCGAGAUGCUCAUUUUGUUGGCGAAGGCGGAGCGGCAGAGGUAUGCUGAAAUUCGGCUGAAAUUUCGAUAAUCGAUAAAUUAACUCCAAAAAAUUUGGCUCUCACAAAUGUUUUAACAAAUUUCUCAACAUUUAAUCGAUAAGACACGCUGCUGUCGAUGUAUGAAAUUCAAAUUUCCCGCCGCCAACACAAUUAGUUUUCACAGAAACAACUUGGAAGUAGCGUUGAGCGCCGUGGAAAAGGCGAUAAGCCUCGCGGAAGACUGUGAAUCGAACGGACAGCUGUGUUCGGCGUACCGUCUCAUUUCGGAAAUCUAUCGAAAUCACGGCCACGACAGCGAAAUGACUAUUCAAUUUGUGCGAAGACACGUCGAACUGUUCGAGUACGAAAUGGAACCGAAGGCAAAAUUCGAGUCAUUGAGGGAUUUAUUGGAGUUUGAAGUGA